AUGUAUCUUGCAGCAUCUUGGCUACCUUCUAUAGAUUGUUACUAGAUUAUACUUGAUUCAUUAUUGCCAACGUUGCAGACUAACACAAAAAUGUCACUUGAUGAUCAGAUGUUCACCAAAGCGCGAUGGAUACUCGUGAAAUAGGGUAAUUAUAUCUAUGCUUGUAUCCUUUACAUACAUAAUAACUUAAAAUAUGAAAAUAGUAUUAAAUUAGUAUCUCUUGCGAUAUUUUACCUGAACUCCUCUUUUCUAUAUGGGUUUCCCAACAUAACCUCCGAUUUCAUAUACAUGAUAAGAUACAAGUCGAAAUUCUUAUAUCUUAGCUCAGCCAUAUUGCUUAUAGAUAUAUUUUGUAGGAAAUAA